AGUACAAAGUACCAAGAGAUAUGAACCGCGCGAUCAGACGAAACCGGAGCCGUUCAUUUUAGGGUUUGGAGCUGCAAGACCUGGGCCUGUUCGCAGGCUUAUGCCCUUUCAACCUCCCUUGCUCCAUUCGGUGUGUCUUGUCUCUGGAGCGUCUCGAAGGGACGAAACCAUGGUGAAGCAUAACAAUGUCAUCCCUAACGGACAUUUCAAGAAGGACUGGCAAAACUAUGUGAGGACGUGGUUCAACCAGCCCGCUCGCAAGAAAAGAAGAAGAACAGCGCGCCAGAAGAAAUCUGUCGCUGUUUUCCCUCGACCUACCGCUGGACCCCUCCGCCCCGUCGUCCACUCUCAGACAUUGAAGUACAAUGCUAAGAUCCGUGCUGGACGCGGCUUCACUCUAGAGGAGUUGAAGGCUGCAGGAGUUCCCAAGAAGCUUGCACCUACCAUCGGUAUUGCUGUCGACCAUAGACGCAAGAACCGAUGCUUGGAGAGUCUUCAAGAAAACGUUAACCGGCUGAACACCUACAGAGCGAAGCUGGUGGUUUUCCCUAGACUAUCAAAGAAGACGAAGGCUGGAGAUGCAUCUGCGGAGGAAUUGUCUAGCGUCACCCAAGCCACUGGUGAAUUUUUGCCAAUUGUGAAACCAAGGCCAUCAGCCGAGAUUGUGUCCAUCACUGAUGAGAUGAAGUCCCAGAGGGGAUACUACAAGCUCCGUCAGGAGAGGAUGAAUGAGAGGUUGGUUGGUGUUCGGAAGAAAAAGGCUGAGCAGGCCGAGAAGGAUGAGAAGAAGUAAAUUCUGAGCAUUAAGGAUAGAACUUUACGCUCUCUGCACUGCAAUUCCUGCGGUUGAGUGAAUAUCAUGGGUAUAUCCUCUUCAAUUUAUGAAUCAUGUACUCGAAAUCACGUUUGUCGUGUCUCAUUUGUGUCACUUUGUAACCUGUACUAACACAUAGCAAGGUAGCCUUGGGUGUCUGGUUGCUCAUCAAAGGGUGAUGUCAACCACACCUGCAUUACUUCAGUUCCA